AUGUCAGCUUUGGAAAAAUCAUUGGACGAGCUAAUUGGCGACCACUCAAAGCCUAGAUCAAGAGACUCAAGAAGACCACCCAGCAGACCAAGAAGAGAUAGAGAACGCUCGAGGGAAAGACGUCCACAGUCAAGAGACUUUAGGGAUAGAUAUGAACCUCCAAGACAGACAAAGUUACAAAGAUUAAGCCAUGGGAAGGCGUAUCUUAAAAUUACAAAUUUGCAUUAUGAGAUUGGUGAACAAGAUUUGAAAUCACUUUUUGAAACAGUUGGUGAAACUUCAUUUGUUUUGAUCGAAUACAAUCAUUCAGGUCGAAGCUCAGGUGUUGCGUAUGUUGGGUAUGAGGAUCAAGAUAACAAUGAGACAGCUGUACAAAAAUUUGAUAAGAAGAAGGCUGUUGGUGAAAUAAUUAGUGUUGAGGAGAUCAAACCACUAAAUGUUUUGAUUGCACCAAGAGGCACUAGAUCAGGCACUCCAAGAGGAUCAAGAGCCUACAGGGGCGAAACUAGAGGGGGUCAUAGAACUAAGAAACCAAGUAUGGACGAUUUAGAUGAAGAAUUGAAUCGCUAUAUGAAUAAGGAAGACGAUAAGCCACAAAGACCUGUAAAAUCAAACGGUAAACAUUCAAAACCAACAAUUGAAGAUUUGGAUAAAGAAUUGGAUGACUAUAUGAAAACCGAUCAACCAUUCCCAGCAACAGGUGCAUAA